AUGCAUCAUGGCUCUCUCGUUGAUCCUUCCUAUGAACUUAUUGAUCCCUGCCCUGAUAUUCACGCCUUGUUCAUUCAGUUCGACAACCGAUUUUUUGGCGGAGCAUUGGCCUGCUGUGAAGUAAAAUGGAGCCCUCGAAUGUACACGUGCGCUGGAAUCUGUUCAUACGAAGUGCGUGGAGGAAGAGGAGGACUCUGUUCAAUUCGACUCAGUAAACCUCUUCUCAGCUUGAGACCAAGAAAAGACCUCGUUGAAACGCUGCUGCACGAGAUGAUCCACGCAUUCUUAUUUGUCAAAGAGCGUAAUCGAGAUCGUGAUGGACACGGACCUCAUUUCCAGUCCCAUAUGCAUCGCAUCAAUCAAGCAGGAGGAACAAAUAUCACUAUUUAUCACAGCUUCCAUGACGAGGUCCGACUUUAUAAGAAACACUGGUGGCGAUGCUCUGGACCAUGCAGAGACAGAAGACCAUUUUUUGGUUAUGUAAAAAGAACAUGUAAUAGAACUCCAGGACCAAACGAUAGAUGGUGGAGUCAACAUCAACAGAAUUGUGGAGGCAGCUUCUUGAAAGUGAAGGAACCAGAAGGUUUCGGAGAGAAAAAAUCAAGUAAGAAGGAUGUUGGACCAGCUUCGAAGAAAAGUGUAACUCCUCCGAAAAAUACUAUCGAUGAUUAUUUCAAGAGAAAUGAUUUUUCAUCAAACCCCUCGCCGAAUAAAACUCCGCCGAAAAGCUGUCCUAGCUCGUUAUUCAAAGGGUCCGGACAAAAACUUGGAGGGACAUCUACAUCUUCAUCACUAGUGACUAAUACUACUGGAGGAGUUCGGCUUGGAGGAAGUACUGGAGUCAGUCGUCUUCUUCCACCUGUGAACUUUAUUUCACCUCCUCGUUCAACUCCAGAAGUCAUUACUCUUGACGAUAGUGAUGACGAUCAACAUUUUAAUGAAGAAGACGACGCUUUGGAGGCCUCAUUUGUACUGACUGAUGAUAUUGUUAUCUGCCCAUCUUGCAAUAUAGAAGUGGAGGAAAGAUUUCUUCAUGGACAUCUUGACUACUGUCUCGCAUAA